GGGCUUUCGCUUUCCCUAUAAAUUAAUUCCCCGCCGAACCCUCGAUUGAAUUCCUAAUUCUUCAAAUUAGGUUUUCUGGUGGUGCUGCGAUUUUUGGAUUGAUCGAUCUCGAUCGACUGCCAUGGCUGAAGAGUUUGAAGAAUCUGAAGUGGUGUUUGAGGAGAAUAAUGACGGCGGCGGGCGCAGUGACGGUGGCGGAUCGGAGUUUGGGGAUUUCGGUAAGGAGAAGAGGAAAAAAGCGAGGAGUUAUAAGAGCUUUUCCGUUCCGGUGAGGAUACCGGAAAAUGCGGCGCUGAGGAAUUCUCGGCGGCCGGAGAUGGACGGCGGCGAUGGAGGUGAGAUGGUGCCGCCGCACGUGAUCACGGCGGGGCGGCACGUGGCCGGAGAUAUGAUGGCGUUUUCGGUGUGUACGGGCAACGGGCGGACGCUUAAAGGCCGGGAUUUGAGCCAAGUCAGGAAUUCGGUUCUCAGAAUGACCGGAUUUCUGGAAACCUGAUUAUUUAUUAUUUGUUUUACAAUGAUUGGAUAUUGAAUAAUUUUUAUUUUAUUUUUUUAUAUACAAGUGGUGAUUGGUGUAGAAGAAAAUCAGAAAUUUGGAAAUGGUAGAAAAAGAAAAAGGAUUUUUAGGCUCCAUUUUUAUGAUGCAGUGAUGAGCAUGGCGUAGGGUGGACAGGGAUGGUAUUUCUUGGAGCUCCCUGGAGCUCAGAACCUGAGGUGGUUAUAUAAAUGGUGUGAAGCUUUUAGGUGUUGGAGUCCCUGUGGUUCCUUAGCUGAAGCCUUGAACUGCAUUAUUGUUUGGAUGUAUUUAUUAGAAUUGGAAUUAGUCAAUUUAUAAUAUAAUACCAUCUCAAU